AUGCUCUCCGUCGCAAACUUACCAUCUACGACAAAUUCCGAUGGAACGGACGACAAUGUAGCUACGUUUCGACCUGGAUCGUCUGUAGCCAUGUUGCGACCGCAGCGCGCGUCAGACCAACUCGCUCUUUCAUGGUAUGGAGGAGUGACCUCGUCCAAACGUUUGAGUUCCUUUCAGCUCCUUUGUGUGUUCUUUCACUCGCUGCUACUUCUUGGAGUAGCAAUUGGCAUCGUUCUGGCUGCGUAUAUUUCUGUUGACAUGGAGCGCGGCGAACGUCGCGGAGGAGCGCUACCAUACAUUUUGGCAGCAUUUGUAGCUCUAGCUGGCCACGAAUUCUCAUGGCUUGCAUAUCGUGUGCAUCUCAAGCUUUAUAUGCCGUUAAAACUGCAUGAAAAGCAGACAUCGAGGGAAAUGUAUCGACGUAUUAUCGCUUAUGCAGUCGAUGAAGAUACAGUAGCUGUCACAUCACUUGCCGAUAAAUGUUGUUGUCGUAGUAACAUUGUGACAGCAAUGGUACUGUCAGCACUCGGUGCCGGAUUAACGGGACUUUUAUGCAAUGUAUCGGGAAGAACACAAAUGCCUGUGGUUUACGUCGCUGAAAGUACAUUUGUUGGUAUCUUUUCGGCAGCCAUGGCCCCAAAUAUGUCGACAGCGGUUUGCGUUCUAAUUCGUUAUAUGUAUUUUUUUCUAUCAUCGUUAAAAGUGGUGUUACGCUCCGACGACGCAUUCACGAGUCAUGAAAGUGGUUUGGUGUACGAUCAUGAUGGUGAAUUGGAUAGUCGAAAUAUCAUGGACAGGCAUCUGGCUGUGGUAAUUGAGCCGUAUUCGUUGCUGCUACUCAGUGUGUGCCUAUUGCUUAUAACUCGUGCUGUAACAAGCAAAGAUGUGAUGGAAUCGACUCUUAUGAUCGUCCUCGAUGUCGCUGGAAUGCUUUACUUAAGCUGCUCUGCGGCCGUACUCGGACUCUUUGAUCAAUCAAUUCGAGUUUGCGAAAGUGGGGCAUUGGCUGGUUUCUUUGUCAUCGUAUGGAGUGCUGAGCUUGGAUCGUCUGUUACUGUAAGUAUUUUGAAGACUGUACAGUCCCCAUGGGUUCAUCCAUUCACAAAGCAUGUAUCGUCACAGCAAAAUGUCGAAAAAUUGCUCGGAGCGGUCGCUUUUGCUGUCGGAGCUGCAAUUCUCGUAUCUCAAUACGUUGAUUUUAACAUGCACAAAACAUUUGUUGCGCUAUUAAGUGCUGGGGCAGUGAUGUGUGCCCAUAUCGGUAAACUUUUUCUCGUGAGUUUAAAGAAAAUCGCCAAAGUGUCAUCCACAGGCUCCUAUCUUUGUGUGGGUGGCGGCGUACUAGAUCGUAUCGAUACGCUUCUCUUUAUGGCUCUGGUCUUUGCUCCCUUCUUUCAACGUGCUGUUUUUAAUCAGCCUCAAUAA